AUGGCGGCCGCCACUGUCCUGGCCGCCGUAUUGGCGAUGUCCUGCUGCUGCUGUGUCGCGUACGCCACCACUGCAGCCACUACCACGACGGUGACGGCAGCGGCGGAGUCGGACCGCAUCAACAGACUACCGGGCCAGCCGCCGGUCAACUUCUCCAUGUACUCCGGCUACGUCACGGUCGACGCCGCCGCGGGGCGCGCGCUCUUCUAUUGGCUCAUGGAAGCCUCCGGCGUGCCAGCGGACUCCGCGCCGCUCGUGCUCUGGCUCAAUGGCGGGCCCGGGUGCUCCUCUGUCGGCUACGGCGCUAUGGAGGAGCUCGGCGCCUUCCGAUGGCGAACGUGCUGUUCUUGGACUCACCAGCCGGCGUUGGCUACUCCUACACCAACACCACCAAUGAUCUCUCAUGACUCAUAUGCUUUCCUGAUAAAUUGGUUGGAGCGGUUCCCGCAGUAUAAGUAUCGUGAUUUCUACAUUGCCGGAGAGAGCUAUGCAGGCCACUAUGUCCCUCAACUGUCUCGUGUAGUGUAUCGAAACAAUAAAGGAACUGAGAAUCCAACCCUAAACUUCAAAGGUUUCAUGCCCUGGUUGCCCAGAGGAUAUGAUCCCUGCACCGAACUGUACUUCACAAACUACUACAACUUACCUGAGGUGCAGGAAGCUUUCCAUGCCAAUGUUACUGGAAUACCAUAUGCCUGGAUAGGCUGCAGUGACCCAAUAUAUGAAUAUUGGGAAGAUUCACCGAGGUCCAUGCUUCCUAUUUACCGUGAACUUAUCUCAGCAGGCCUAAGGAUAUGGGUCUUCAGCGGCGAUACUGACUCUGUCGUCCCCCUCACUGCGACAAGAUACUCCAUUGAUGCGCUGUCUCUACCAACGAUCACAAAGUGGUAUCCUUGGUACUACGAUGAAGAGGUUGGUGGAUGGUGCCAAGUGUACGAGGGUUUGACGCUGGUGACAGUCCGAGGUGCAGGGCACUAG